AUAAUUGGUUCAGAUCUGAGCAAAGCUAACAAAAAAAGACAACUACAAAAUACAUUUAACAAAAUUCGUAAUAUAAAAUUGAUCAUCUCGAAAACGAAGUCGUUUAUCCUCAUUUCUCAACUGCGCUUACCAUACUUGGUAGCAGUACUAGUAGUAGUAGGCGUAGCAGCAUAAUAUUCGCACUUCUAUUCUCUUGUUGCGGAGGAAAACGACGGCGGCGGCGGCGGCUGGAAUGAUGAACAUUUAAGGUUAUCCAGAAUUGCUCUUGUUAGCUGUUUUCAAAUAAAGCAUAACAAAAGAAAGGAAAAAAGAAGUGUACUGGAUAAGGCAAAUGAAGGAGGUUAUGGAGAAAUAUGUGGACUCGCAGCUAUGGCACGCUUGUGCCGGAGGAAUGGUGCAAAUCCCUCCGGUCAACUCCAAGGUCUACUAUUUUCCACAAGGGCAUGCUGAGCAUACCCUUGUAAAUGUGGAUUUCUCGACGCUACCAAGAACUCCUGCUCUGAUUCUAUGUAGGGUAGCUGCUGUGAAGUUCUUAGCGGACCCUGAAACGGACGAGGUUUAUGCUAGGAUUAGGCUUGUCCCGGUUGGGAACAAGGGGAAUGACUUCGACGAUGAUAACAUUUUGGGGGGUAGUAAUGAGACGGGAACAAAUGACAAGCCUACUUCAUUUGCCAAGACAUUGACUCAAUCGGAUGCGAAUAAUGGGGGUGGAUUCUCAGUGCCGAGGUACUGUGCAGAGACUAUAUUUCCUAGGUUGGAUUACACCGCUGACCCGCCUGUGCAGACUGUGAUUGCCAAAGAUGUUCAUGGUGAAACUUGGAAGUUUAGGCACAUUUAUAGGGGGACUCCAAGGAGGCAUUUGUUAACAACUGGUUGGAGUAAUUUUGUGAAUCAGAAGAAGCUGGUUGCAGGGGAUUCCAUUGUGUUUUUGAGGGCAGAAAAUGGUGAACUUUGUGUGGGAAUUCGUAGGGCAAAAAGGGGUGGUAUUGGUGGGCCAGAAACCCCAUCUGGAUGGAACUCUGCUUCCGGAAACUUUAGUGGAUUUUCUGCGUUUUUGAGGGAAGACAUGAACAAGAACGGAAGCCUUAAUUCUUCUGGGGGGAGCUUCAGGGGAAAGGGAAGGGUGCGGCCUGAAGCAGUUAUUGAAGCUGCAUAUCUUGCUGCUAGUGGGCAGCCUUUUGAAGUUGUAUAUUAUCCCCGAGCAAGCACUCCAGAAUUUUGUGUUAGGGCGUCUUCUGUGAAUACUGCGAUGAGGAUUCACUGGUGCUCAGGGAUGAGGUUUAAAAUGGCUUUUGAAACUGAGGAUUCUUCUCGAAUCAGCUGGUUCAUGGGAACUAUAUCCUCCAUUCAGGUUGCUGAUCCCAUCCACUGGCCCAAUUCACCUUGGCGGCUUCUUCAGGUGACAUGGGAUGAACCCGAUUUACUGCAAAAUGUAAAACAUGUCAGCCCAUGGCUUGUCGAACUGGUCUCAAAUAUGCCAGUCAUUCACCUCUCGCCCUUCUCACCACCAAGAAAAAAGUUGCGUCUACCACCAGAUUUCUUACUUGACGGCCAAUUUCCGUUACCAUCUUUUUCAGGCAACCCCCUCAGGUCCAGCAGUCCUUUCUGUUGUCUAUCUGACAACAUCACUGCAGGCAUACAGAGAGCCAGGCAUGCUCAAUUUGGAGUACCUUUAUUGGAUCUGCACCUUAGCAACAAAGUGCAAUCGGGACUCCUACCGCCCAGUUUCCAGCGAGUUGCAGCUGAUUCAAAACUUACUAAUUGCAUCAAUAAGGGCCAAAAUGACAGAAAUGACAACAUAUCUUGCUUGCUUACCAUGAGUACUUCUAGUCAGAUGUCGGAGAAAACUGAUAGUGUGAAUACACCUCGAUUCUUACUCUUUGGUCAGCCAAUUCUGACUGAGCAGCAAAUUUCUAAUCGCUGCUCUGCCAAUGCUCAAGAAGUCCAAACAGGAAGGGACUUAGGCAGGAUAGAACUGAGAAAUGAAAGAUUUGCUUUUGAGCAGAAAGGUCUUCAAGACAGUGUAUCAAGUGCUACAUAUCUUUGGAAUCGAGGUCAUCAUGCAGCUGGACUUGGUGCUGAUACUGGUCAGUGCAAAGUAUUCCUUGAGUCAGAGGAUGUAGGCCUUUCACUUGAUCUGUCAGUUCUGGGAUCAUAUGAAGAACUGUACAGAAGACUUGGAAACUUGUUUGGACUAGAAAGAUCGGAUAUGCUGACAUGUGUGCUCUAUCACGAUGCAACAGGUGCUGUCAAACACACUGGAGAUGAACCCUUCAGCGACUUCAUUAAGACUGCUAAAAGAUUGACAAUUCUGAUGAACCCAAGCAGCAAUAUUGAAAGGAAAUGGAUCACUGGUCUCGCAACUGCUGAACGUGGUCUAGAUUCUUCAAACCGAGCAGGACCACUUAGCAUCUUUGCAUAGAGUCGGCAUUUGAUAGCCUAUGUGAAUAAGUACCUUUGCUUUUCACAUCCACUGCUUCAUUUUGUAGUGCUAAGGAGACACUAUUAGUGGAAUAUUAUGUUUGUUUCUGUAUGGAUAUUUGAGUUCUUUAUGUUGGAAAUGGUCAAUGUGCUAAGAGCUUACUGUAACAGUUCUACUGCGACAUCUUGCUAGAUGUGUAGUGCUGUUGUAUUUGUUGGCUUUAUUAAUCUUAUUAAAGACGUGAAUAUUCAUAUGUCCGCUGGUGCCAUGUAUGUUUUUGACAUGGAUAUGGACGCCCUGUGAGCUUGAUUCUUUUUCGUGAAUCAGGUGUGUUAAAAUUCUUUUGAUAAUAGAUAGUUGUGAGGCUUA